UCUUGUACAACUAAGUUUGUUGCUAGUUGUCACUUUUGAAUUUGUUAUUAUACCUAUAUUUAAAAUUAGUUAGCUUUUAUCAUCAAACAAUGUAUAAGAUUUUACUGUUUGCUUAUGUGAAUCUUUUCCACUCCAAGGGCUUUGUUUUCAUACAAAAUGAAAUCACUGUUCAAAAUGAAAACACUGUGGUUAAGGACAACCUGCUGCAGAGCAGUCACCAGGUUCCUGUCAAUUUGUCCGAGGUGCAAACCAACUUCAAGCAAAUGGAAGCUGAUGGUUUUACAGAAAAUAACAUAGCAGCGUCUUCAACUUGUCUUCCUUCACAUGAGAAGAAAAAGAAAAGGGAAUUAAAACCUGUGUCUUUACCUGGCAGCUUUUCUAGAGUUCUAGACCCACUUCUGGAAGGGCAUAUGAUAUCUGAGCAAGACCAUGCACGUUUAAGUUCAAUCUUAAAAGAUGAACUGAUUCUGUUUCUUAAUCAAGAAAACAUGAUUGUCGAGGGGAAUUCAAGUUCUCUGAGGUGGCAAUAUAGGGAUCUUGGGGAAACUCUGAUGGAUAAAUAUCCAAAAAUGAUUUGGGAUUUGCCCAGCAAACGGCAAAAAAAAGUCAAGAGUUCAAAGGCCCCAAUUUAUGGUACAUUCAUCCGAAGAUUGAGUGAGAGGAGAAAAAUGCAAAGACUUCGGUCACAAAAAAAAGAAGCAAAAUCUGUGCAGCCAGCAGAUAUUAUCGUAGAAGUUGAAGUUUCUCAAGAGGAUGCUCUUGUUGAACUAACAUCUGUCACAUAUGAAGCUGUAAAGAAUGAAACGAAUACUGAAAGGAUUACACAUUUGUUAAAGAAAUCCUUCAGCUUAAGGCAAAAUCAAGAGCUCUCAAAAUUACCUCCAUACUUGAUGGUACAAAAAUAUCUUGAAGUUGAAGUUGAACUUCGCUUUGAAACUGCUUUUGGAGCAAUGGUUGUGCAGCUAAAAAAUGCAUUAAAAAAAAUGGCUGCUCAUUAUUCAAUUCCAGAGACAGUUCUGGAAAUGGAAAAGUUGAUGCAACCUAAAAGAUCAUGCUGGAAUGCCAUUUCAAUGAUUGAUCUUACUGAUGAUGCAAAAAGGCCUGGGCCAAGCAUCUUUUUUGGGGAGAGGCCGUGCAUCAUGGCCAAUGGAGGUCAAGUCAUUGGACUAAAGAAAGACUGCUCAUUAGAAGAGGCAGCGAUUUUAUUGCUGGGUGUGUAUUUUAUUUUAAAUCUCAGUUUUCCCGCUGCCUAUGGACAAUUUUUGGGACUAUUACAGAACAUCUUGACAAAGGAUAAGUUUCCUAAAUCCUUUUCCUCUAGACAUCUCCUGGCUGUCACUGCAAAUGUGUCUUUAUAA